AUGUUAAACUAUCGUAAGGUUUAUGGAGCAGUGUUGAAUAUAAACAGGGGAAAUCCAUUCAAAAAGGAAGUGGUUGUGGAUUCAUGGCCAGAAUUUAAAGCUGUGAUUACUCGCCGACAAAAAGAGUCCAAAAGUGAUGCCCUAGACUACUUUACAAAUGCCUGUGCUGUCUUCUACAAAAAUCUGGACGCUUACCAGGCAUUGUUGGAGAACCCAGAAACUAUAAACUGGGAGCAAGCCUUCCAGAUACAAGGUUUACAGGAUGGCUUAUACAAAACUUCCAAGAUUGUUGCUGAUGCCAAGCAUGUAAAUUUGAAGUUGUCUUCUUUCAAAAUGGUAAUCUACCCAGAACCAGAUGCACUUCCAGAUGUUCAACUUCCGUUAGUUCCUGCACCAAAACUUACUUCCCUUGAUGCAUCUCAUGCAAGUCUGCUGAAUAACACCUGGUCCCGAGGAGGAAGUGAUCAAUGCCAGAAAUACCUCAUCAACCUCAUUUGCUGUUUCCCCAGCAUGUGCAUUUUGGAUGAACAUGGAUGCCCCAUCUCCUGGGGUCUGACAGACCAAUUUGCUACUAUGAUCCAUGGCUACACUUUGCCCAAGCAUCGUAGGAAAGGGUACAGCCGUCUCAUUGCAACAAAUCUAGCUAAGAUGUUACACAGCAAGGGGUUUCCAGCUCAAGGAAAUGUUCUGGAGGAUAACUUACCAUCAUUAACUCUGCUAAAAAGCAUGAAUGCCAGAUUAUUACCUUGUCAGUUUGUCAGACUUAUCCACACCCCUUUCUGCCUUUUAGCUAAACCUAAGUGAACUUGGUGAAUUUUUUAAAAAAAUCUAUGAUGAUAGCUACCUAAUUUGAGGACUCAUACCUUGUAUUUGAUGUUAUACACGUCUGAACAUGUUAUGAUAUAUUUAGACAUAACCUUGAAGUCCAUUUAUGAAACGGCAAUGCUAUUCCAUAUUAAAGUUAAUGCGAGUUUUAAAGGAACAACAGUUGUUUUCAAGCUUAGACAGAAGACUGAGAAGAGUUAUUUAACAAAUAAUAAAGUAAUGUUCAAUUGGAAGCACUUAUUGAUAAUUGUUUUCAUAGAAUGCAAAGACUUUUUAAAUUCUCCAACUCAAAUCAUUCAAUCUUCUCCAUAUUAGUUUCCAAACCCAUUGAAUCUUGUAUAUUCUUUGAUUCUUGUAUAUCCUUUGAAUCUACAUAGAUGUGAUGAAAUAUAAUAAGGAGGUGGAUUCCCAAGAGAGAAAGGGUGCAUUUCAGAGGAGUAAGAGGCAACUCAGUUCAGAUUCUACGUAUGUGAGAAAUAGAGUGAAGACAGCCCUUCCCUUUGCAGCGUAUAUCGUAUUCAGAUAGCAAAGUGCUCUGUCUGGCAAGAUUUUGUGUAGAUCAUUACAAUUUAGGUUUUGAACAACAUCUGAAAACUAAAUAAUAUAGAGAGCCAGCCCGCCUUAGCCAUGAUACUACUACAUGGGUGACUUUGGGCCAGUCACACUCUCAGACCAAACCACCACACAAGGUUAUUGUUGUGGAGAAAAGAGGAGUAGUAAGAUGUAUUGGAUAUGUUCACCAAAUUGGGUUGUUUAUAAUAUGAAUAAAGAUGGGAGACAAAUAAAUAAAUAAAUAAAUAAAUAUCGAAUUAUGUUGUCAGAGUUUGCCACUCUGUUAAAAUAAAGCCAUUUCGAAGGCUAAGGAAACACCUUGUUAUGAUUUUUUCUGUUGGAUUAACAUAACACAGCACAGAUUUUGUAAAGAAUGGGGGCGACAUAAGUCCAAAAACAGGAGUGGGGUCCAGAUCAUCUUUAGAUGUUCCUGGGGAUGGCUAGAAGUAAAUCUCUGAAAGAGGCUGGUAAAAAAGAGGAAUAGCUCCAUUUUAACAAGGUUCUCCCCAGCAUGUAUUCUCUGACCUGGAAGAAAACCCACAAAAGGUGGCUUUAUUUAUUUCUUAAAAUAUUUUAAACUAUAGGUUCCCAAUCUAACAUUGUCCAAAGGAAUAAUUAUAUUCUUAAAGAUUUAAAUGCUAAAAUAUAUAUAUUCUUAAAAUACGUUAAUCUAGGAAUCUCUUUUAAUACAUAUAUUAAUGUAACAAUUUUUACAUUUUCUUUCUUUACAGAGUCAUAGACAAUGUAAACCAUAUGUUCAAGCUUGAAAUAAACAGAAAAAAAUGCAUCCUACUAACAAAGAUUUUUCUUUGAAUAAUUGUUGUAGCAUAUUUAAACAAAUGCAAACACCAAGUUAAUGUCCUUUUUAUAGACUUUGAUAGAUUCCUUAGAACCAGCAAGGACCAUAUCAGUUAACUGGAUAACCUGAUUAAUUGCUAAAAUUUAUACCAGCAUCAAUAUAUUUUGGAAUAUUCAUAGUUAUUAGUCAUCAGGUUUACCUUUAACAUUGUCUUAUAAGGCCUCCUCAAAUCCAUUGUGUGCAGCUUGUCAAACAUUGGAACACCGCUAUAAUGCCACCCCUAGUUCUUCUUUUCACUAGACUACUCAAUUCCUGCAAUCAUUCUUUCUAUGUUUUAGCCUCCAGCCCUC